AUGAGCGCAGCGCAAUAUGCACGUUUGGUUCCGAAAAAAUACAGAUCUCGAACAUUGCCCAAAAUCGAUCGUCCAUGGAGGCCUCGAAUCGUCGCAUGGGCAGGUCCGGCAGCGUUCUAUCCAAACAGGUUGCCUAGAAUUACGAUGAAAUUUCUAGGAAUUUCUUUAGAUUUUAUGAAAUCGAUAAGUGGUACAAAGCAAGGAUUGAUAAACCACAGAAAGUUCAAAAAAUGCACAUUAUCGAUCCUGCAGAACAUUCGCGAUCUUUGGAUGAGCUUUUAGCGAAUAGUUAGUUUUCGUAGCUCUUAAAAAUGGUUUCUUUCUGAUUUCAGAAGGUGUAGAAGAGAUCAAUAUCGGGUUCAAGGUCAUGAAGGUCUCUGAAGCUCGUGAAAAAAGUGUAGACGAAAAAAAGAACUUGGAACGUAUAUCAAGGCAUAUGGAGCGUAAGUAAGGCGAGAGUCCUAAUAAUAUCUUCAUUUUUUUUGAGUUCUGAUCAACGUCGAUGAAACGAAGAAUCCUAACCUAGGAGUAUACAAACACUUUAAAAUAUUCGAGCAUCUCUUUGGUGAAGGUUUGGUUGAUGAACGGAUUCCAAAAAAACUACGUUUUUAGCGACCUUUUUUCAUACUGUUCAGCAGUUGGACGUUUCUUUUGGCGAAGAUGUUGUUUUUAGCGGAAAUGUCAUCGAAGCAGCAAAUACUUCUGCUCCACCUAGUGUAAUUCAUUUUUUUUUCCGGCAAAGAAUUUUAUCCUUUUUCAGGUAGUCAUUGAAAGUUUGGGAAAUGCUUUCAAUACCCUCAUGAUGGUGAAUCUCGAUGGGAAUCCGUACGAGAAGAAAGGCGAAAUGAUACAUUGGCUGGUCACAAAUAUUCCUGACGGUCAACCAGUGCAUAAAGGAGCUGAGGUUUAUUCUAUCCUCCGAAAAUCGAUAGCCAUCGGUAUUCCAGGUGAUGAAGUACCUUCAGCCGUUGCCUUUCUACGGUACUGGAUAUCACAGAGUUGCUCUGAUUUUGUUCCGACACGACGAACCAAUCUCUCUCACGCCGAAUUUGAACGAGUUUGCUUUUUUUCGAAAUCUUGAACAGAAGUCUUGUUUCAGUGAGAAGCUGGAAGACAGAGCUCAUGAGAUUGCCAAGAUUUACAAGGAGAACGAAAAAGUUCUGACACCUUCUGGAAUCAAGUUUUUCCAAACGAGCUAUGACGACAGCGUGAAACAAACUCUCCAUUCUUUAGGUUAAUCACUGUUUUUGCGCUAAUCAGCGUUUUUUCACUCUUUAGGUUUGAAGUCUCCCUUGUACUCGUAUGAAUAUAACGAGGCUCUUAAACCGGAUCAGCGCGAGUUUCCUGAAAGACCUCAGCCCUUCAACUUGUGUGACGACUUUUCUUAGCAUUAUAAGAUCUAUUUUCUUUUGAGAUAUCUCGACAUGUACCGGGAUCCGAAGGAAAUCGAAGAAGAAGUAGUGGAGAAGAGGCUGGAAACUGCUCAGCUGGAACAAGUUCAGGUUACAUUUUCAGUUUUUCUUGUAAAAGUCGGUAUAGGCGAAUGAAUGUGUUAGGAAAUUUCACAACCUUUUAGAAAAUGAGAAGAAAUGUUUUGAUAUAUCUCGAUCUUUUUCAAAUGCAAAAUUGUGCCCAUUUCUAGAGAGGUUUUGUUGGUUUCUGAACUUUUUCUCUAAAAGAUUCGCUUUUUUUGAAGAGCACGCCAUGAGAAAAAUCAAAAAAUGCGUGAAAGACUUUUUUUUAAUUUUUUUGAAACUGCGUAAUGUUAGCUUUUUUAUUCCUGUUGCUGCGUUUUUAAGUUCUAUCGCAUGUGCUCGCGAAGCAAUAAAACUACUCACAUUACACAUUUACACAUUUAUUCAGUCCUAAGAAGAUUCUCUUCUGAAUCAUGGAAUAAUAGAAUAGCUGUUUGUCGGUUCUCGAAACAGUGGUUGAUCAAGAACGCUAGAGCAUCUCCCCCUUCUUGUGAUAGUAGUAGACGAUUUUCGAGCGUUCCGUCGAAACUGAUUUCGCCGGUUCAAAGAAAGUCAUCAUUAGUGACACGCAACGCUUAUCUUUUGAAUACGAUGAGUGACAAAAAGGAAAAACUAGAGAAGUGGACGACACCGGAAACAUUCCAAAAUGCUUCGUGAUCGCGUGCGUCUCAGUUAAACGAGUCGUAGCUAACGACGUAUAGAUUAAACUUUUAUAUCCAAUUGAACUUGUAGGUUUCGAAGUGGAGAGACCCCAACUACGUUGAGAACAAAAAGACGUUACCCGCGUGGCAGCACGAGAAGAUUUACUCCCGCGAAGGACGACAUAAGGCCUACAUUCGUAAUCCCAUCGACUCUUGA